GCAGUGAUUGGUCCUGAAUGACCCGCCCUCAGAGCCGCCAUUUUUAAAACAAAAAACAAAGCUGUUUAUGGUGUACGGAGACCUUCCGGAGGACAGUGGAGCAGGUUAAAAGAUGGUGAAGUGGACCGAUGAAGAUGUGCAGGCUCUGCUGAACAUUUAUGCAGAGGAGAACAUUCAGAAAGAGUUCGAGUCUUCGGCCCGGAACGCGAAAGUGUACCAGAAGAUUUCUGCUCGUCUGGGAGAGAUGGGGAUCCAACACAGUCCCCAGCGGUGCCGAGAGAAGAUCAAGAAGAUGAAGCAGGACUAUAAGAAGAUUAAAGAUUAUAACCGGGUGAACGGAUCGAACCGGAGGAGCGGGAAGUGGUUCGAGAAGCUGGACGCGAUCCUGGGACAGCGGGGACUGGACUCGGGCUGCGGGGAGAGCGGGGACAGUGUGUCGGUACUGCUGGAGCCGCUCACUGACCCACACACGAGCUUCCUGCACCAGGAGGAGGAGGAGGAGGAGGUGUCCUUCACUGAGGAUGAUCAGUACUCCGAGCUCAGCUUCGACUCCCCUGAGACCCCCAGCAGGCCCACCUGCCGCCCUCCCACUCAGCCACACCUCCGAGCUCCACGUCCAGGGAAGAGGAAGUGUGAUGGAGACGUGCUGGAGGUGAUGAGGCAGCUGGAGGAGGAGCAGAUGGAGGGUCUGAGGCGGGACUAUGAGCAGAGAGAGCGUCACUUCCAGCUGCUGCUGCAGCACAUUAAGGAGGAGUUCUCCGUGCGGCAGGAGGAAGCGGCUCAGGCCAGCCGACAGCAGAGAGAGUUUCAGCAGGGUGUUCUCACGCUCCUCAGUCAGCUGGUCCACGUCCUCAGCAGCAGAACCGUCCCCUCGUCCUCGUCCCCGCCCCUCGACUAGCGCCGCUCUUCCUCUCUCCUCCUGCACCUUUCCAUGUCAGAUUAUUGUAUUCCUGUUUUGCACCGUGUUCUUUAACGCACUUUACAUGUAGCUGUCAGUCUUUAUUGUUGUGAUUCAGGAGCAUCAUGUUCUUCUCACUCUUUCUGUUAUUGUAAUAUAUUCGAAUUAAACCCACUUCAGCUUUU